GGAUUAAAAGACUGUUGUUGAUGUAAAAUCAAAACAAGUGGGAGGAACGAAACAAAAUGAUAAGGUUUGCAGCUGGCUGCUUUAACUAGACACCACCAAUUCAAAUAUCUCUUUCUAUGGCUUCAAAACCAAACCAAAUUACUACUUCACCAAUCUCAUCUCCCAUUUCUUCUCCUUCCUUCCUCUCAAUACUUCAGCACCAUGGAUUCAAACUCCACCAUCAACAAUGAAAUAGCCAUUGAUAUACCUCCAAUCUUGAGAGUAUACAAAAACGGUCAUGUUGAAAACUUAAUGAGUGAAGAGAUUGUUCCACCAUCUCUUGAUCCAACAACAAAGGUUGAAUCAAAAGAUGUUGUAAUCUCCAAAGAACAUAACAUAUCAGCAAGACUUUUCAUUCCUAAAACAACAUACCCACCAACACAAAAACUCCCUAUCUUUAUUUACUUCCAUGGUGGUGCUUUCUGCAUUGAAACCCCUUUCUCGCCGAAUUACCAUAACUAUCUUAACUCUGUUACUUCACUUGCUAAUGUUAUUGGUGUCUCUGUUAACUACAGAAGAGCACCAGAAUACCCUGUUCCCACUGCUCAUGAAGAUUCAUGGAUUGCACUCAAAUGGGUUGCUUCACAUGUUAAUGGAAAUGGCUCUGAUGAAUGGUUGAAUCAAUAUGCAGAUCUUGAGAAAGUGUUCUUAGGAGGUGAUAGUGCUGGUGCUAAUAUUUCACACUAUUUGGGUCUUCGGGUUGGGAAGGAAAAUUUGUAUGGUGUGAAUCUUGAAGGGGUUGUUUAUAUUCAUCCUUAUUUUUGGGGUGUGGAUGCAAUUGGGUCAGAAUCGGAUCGAGCUGAAUUUGUAGAAAAGAUUCAUAAUUUAUGGCGUUUUACAUGUCCAAACACGAGUGGAUCCGAUGAUCCGUUAAUUAACCCGGCUAAGGAUCCGAAUUUGGGGAGUUUGGGUUGUAAGAGAGUGCUUAUUUGUGUUGCUGAGAAAGAUAUUUUGAGGGAUAGAGGUUUGUAUUAUAAAGAAUUGCUUGAAAAAAAUGGUUGGAGUGGUGUUGUGGAAGUUGUUGAAACAGAGGAUGAGGAUCAUAUUUUUCAUAUAUUCAAACCAAGCUGUGAUAAUGCUUUGGCUUUGCUUAGCCAAAUUGUUUCAUUCAUCAAAAGGGAUUGAAAAUAUCAUGUUAUUGAUAAGUGUGGAAGUAGAAUAGUAUAAGAGGUUAAUCGAUAUGCUGCAUAAUGGAAACCAAUAAUUUCUCAUUUCUCAUGUAUUUGAUUAAAGUGGAUAUGAUGUUGCGAUUUGGUGGAAAUAGACUAUAUUAUUAGAUGAUUUAUUUGUUAAGUAAUUUAGUGACUAUAAUUUUAUUUUCUAAAAAUAAAUGGAAUGGAAGUACUAGAAUUCGAAUCUUAA